AGAAGAUGGCAGAAGCCCAAAACUAAGAUUGCAAACUACCGCACAAACACCAAAGAAGAAGCGGAAGAAGAAUAAUCAGAAGCGGAACUCUGACUGUUUCCAAGGAGACCACAAAUACUACGGUCAGUAUUGAGGGUCAGACACUGUCAAGAUGUCGUUUUUAUUUGACUGGAUCUACCGGGGGUUUAGUAAUGUUUUACAGUUCUUAGGUCUGUACAAAAAGUCUGGGAAGCUCGUUUUCCUGGGCCUGGACAAUGCUGGCAAAACAACGCUGCUACACAUGUUGAAAGAUGACCGACUUGGCCAACACGUGCCAACCCUGCAUCCAACUUCUGAAGAGCUGUCAAUUGGUGGGAUGACAUUUACUACAUUUGAUCUAGGGGGACAUGUACAAGCUCGAAGAGUGUGGAAGAACUACCUGCCGGCCGUGAAUGGAGUCGUCUUUCUUGUCGACUGUGCGGAUCACGACAGGCUCUCAGAAUCUAAGACUGAGCUUGAUGCUCUUCUAGGAGACGAUACCAUCUCCACUGUGCCAGUGUUGGUGCUGGGUAAUAAAAUCGAUCGCCCUGAAGCCAUCAGUGAGGGAGCACUGAGAGGGGCUUUUGCUCUUGAUGGUCAGGUUACUGGAAAGGGAAGUGUCUCUAUAAAGGAGCUGAACGCCCGGCCGCUGGAGAUUUUCAUGUGCAGCGUGUUGAAGAGACAAGGCUACGGGGAAGGUUUCAGAUGGUUAUCACAGUACAUCGACUGACACGCAGCACUGAAGCUUAACCAGAAGGGAUUUUCUUGACACAUUUUUUUUUCACAAAGCACGACAAAGACUUUUAUGUCUUUGUCAGUGUCAAUCAGAGCACAUCCCAAACCAAGGUCAUGUUAAGAGCUUAUUCUUUAUUAUACUUUAUUCAGGAUUUAAAGGUUUCUAUGCAAAACUUUUAAAAGUGGUUCACGGUGUACUGUCCCACCCGUGUUCUUAUUAAUGUGAGUUGUCCAACUCUACGGCAUGAUAAUUAGGUAACAUCCAGCAGACAUACAUUAUGCAAGAAUGUAGAUACAUACACAUUGGUGUUGCAAUAUUUAAUGUGGAAUAGACUAACAGAUCUAAUGGUAUUUAUUAGGGAGUGAUAUGUAUUUAUUAUUAUUUAUAUAUCAGAUUAAGAUGGUUGUGUUUAGAAUUUUAAAAUAUAUAACUAACUAACACAGAAGAGUCAUUUUAGUACGUUUAAUGUAAUGAUAUGCAGCCACUGCCUUCAAAGCACAUAGCCAAAGAUGUAUGCUAAUAACUUUGGGAUAAGCAGGGAGAGAGAUUGGGCUUCAACAAAAGAUAUCUUCCCCGCUGUGCACUGAGCCAAAAUAACAUCAAAUCCCCCCCAAAAUUAGAAUAGGCAGCCCAUGCCAUAAAUAAAGGCAAAGAUGACAAAUAAACAAAGUCAAACUGAACAGCUCACUGAUGAGUCUGCUGUGAAAAUGUGCAUCUCACUUCCAGUGUCUCGCUGGAAAUGGCUCGUUUAUUUUUUGCAUCUUUUCCUAAACUUGUUGACCCAAAGGGACGCUACAUGUUGAAGGCAGCUAAUUUCAAGUGUGUUAGUCGGACUGAGAUAAGUCUUCAUUAUCUUUGACUCAGAGAUAAAUGUUCACACCAAGCUGUUAUGAUGUUCAGUGGCUACCCUUGCUCUAUUAUAUGAUUAAGUCAUUGCUUUUAAAAUGUCAGGAAGCAAUAAAGUAGAAUGAUGAAGUGUACUGUCGCAGAGACAAUCUUACUCCUCUGUAUUUGAGAGUAGGAAAGAAAAAAAAAGACCAUUCAUUGUAACGUUUUCUUAUUUGUUGUUAUUUAUUCCUUUUAAUGCACAGCCUGAGCAAUUUGUCUGCAUGUAAUCAGCAUGUAGGUGGUACAGUGCUGCAGCUGAUGCACAUUUGACUAUCUGAAAAGAUAUGAGAGUGCAUUUACAAACAUGCUAAGUGAUUAAUCUUAUUCUGGAUGUUGAGUCUGUCUAUGUAAUCAUGCAUACAUGUUUACAACACCCUGUCUAAAUGUGUAUCCAUAUGAGAGGCUGGAAAUGGAUUAUGAGGAACAAACGUUUGAUCCGCAUUAACCGCUUCCUUUAUCAUGUUUACACAGUUUGAAUGUUCUGCAUAUUUAUUUACGCACUGAUGUUUGUGGCAAGAUAAAAAGAGAAACAUUUUUUUUACAGGGAAUCUUAAAUGUGUAUGGGAUGCAUGUAAACAAACUGCUCUCCCUCUGAACAGUGUUCUGUAGCCGUUGCUAAACUCCUGUAAAUGAUGUAUAAUACAGAUGUAAAUGUUUGUACAGUAGCUGCGUAUUAGCCGACACUAAUCACUGGAUUUAUUUAUAGCAGAUUAACUUUAAAUUAUAUUUGCAGCAAUUAUGUGUGCAAAAUAGUUUGAAUGACAACAUGCAUAUAGACAUAUGUAAGGAGUGGUUUACAUGUUGUAAUAAAACAAACCUUGUUUUGGACUCA